CGCCGGCGCCUUGCUGUUGAUUUCCUUGUUCCGUUUUCGAUUUCGUCUUUUGUAGCACAAAUACCAUAUACCUGCUCAAUCUAGCACAUUAUUCAAUCCCUGGAGCAUCCUACUACAUCCUGCCUGCAAUACAACCGAUCCAUACGGAUUCUGUGACAAGAAGCGUGGAGACGCCACCAAGAUGGCGCAGCCUGUCGAACAAUGGAUAACCGAAAUACCUCCCGUUACUCGAGCAUGGGUAGCUGGCUCUAUCGGAAUGAGCUUGUUAGUGGAGUGCCAAGUCGUAGCGCCACUACAGCUGUACUUCUCCUGGAAAGCGGCAAUAGUGAAUAUGCAGGUCUGGAGAUUUAUAACGACUUUUUUAUAUUUUGGGCCAGUAUCGCUUGACCUUUUAUUCCAUAUAUUCUUUGUUAUGAGAUACUCUAGAUUACUAGAAGAAAACUCGUUUGCCAAUCGUCGGGCAGACUAUGCGUGGUUACUAUUUCUCUGCGCCUCUUUUCUUCUGCUUGUAUCCUCUGUCGCAACUCUACCAUUCCUCUCCUCUUCCCUGGCUUUUGCCCUCGUCUAUAUCUGGUCAAGACGGAACCCUUCUGUGAAAAUGUCUCUGUUUGGCAUCAUCACUAUCACUGCGCCAUAUCUCCCCAUGGCCCUUGUCCUGUUUACCUGGGUAUUCCAAGGAGGUGUCAGAGCAGCUGUGCCCGAUAUCGUCGGGGCACUCGCGGGACAUACCUAUGUCUUCUUGCAAGAUUAUUGGCCAAGAGAAAUGUGGAGUACAACUGGGAGGCCAGAGAUCCAGACUCCCGGGUUUGUAAAGCGAUUAUUCGGGCAAGAAGAAAGAUAAGAGAUUAUUGCGGUCUGUAUAUCAUGAAACAAUACAUUGUCACUUAGCAGGGGAAGCAGUGAAACGAGAAUUACGA